GCUUAACUAUUCAGAGGCAAAUGUCUGAUCAAUUCAGAUAAGAGGUCUUAACCAUUCAGACUCUGUAUAAUACUUAACCAUUCAGAGGCAAAUCUCUUAACCAUUCAGACAUCUGAACCAUUAAGAGGCUGAAACAAACAGUCUGAACCAUUAAGUGCUGAACCAUUCAGACAUCUGAACCAUUAAGAGGCUGAAACAAACAGNCAUUAAGAGCUAGUAUAUUGCUUAACUAUUCAGAGGCAAAUGUCUGAUCAAUUCAGAUAAGAGGUCUUAACCAUUCAGACUCUGUAUAAUACUUAACCAUUCAGAGGCAAAUCUCUUAACCAUUCAGACAUCUGAACCAUUAAGAGGCUGAAACAAACAGUCUGAACCAUUAAGUGCUGAACCAUUCAGACAUCUGAACCAUUAAGAGGCUGAAACAAACAGCCCCUAAGUCAUAGAGAGAGCUAGGGCCAACCCAACACUUGCCAAGAGCCGAAAGCCAAGAACAUCCGGUGAAUACCCCCCGAAAAGACUGUUGUUGGAAUGGGAUCUCCAAACGGCGUUUCGUGCGAAAAUCUCCCACAAUUCCUAUCCUCUUUCGUCGACACCUUCGUCGAUUUCUCCGUCAGCGGCGGCCUCUUCUUGCCGCCGCAACCGAAUCCACCUCGAAGUCCCGACGCCAGCUUAACCCCCGACUCCAAUGCAUCACCACGGCUGCAGACCGUAUUCCGGGCGCCGGCCCGUCUCAUCGCCAUCGGCGACCUCCACGGCGAUCUUCCUAAGACCAAGGAGGCCCUCCGCCUCUCCCGGCUAAUCGACGACCGCGAUCGAUGGUGCGGCGGAUCCGCCACGGUUGUUCAGGUUGGAGAUGUACUCGACCGCGGCGGCGACGAGCUGAAGAUUCUGUAUUUUCUCGAGAAAUUGAAGAGGGAGGCCGCCAAGGCCGGUGGCAGCGUGAUCACGAUGAACGGUAAUCACGAGAUCAUGAACGUAUCUGGAGAUUUCCGGUAUGUGACCAAACGAGGCCUUAAGGAAUUUGAGAAUUGGGCUUUGUGGCAUUCUGUGGGGAAGAUUUUGAAGGAGAGGUGUGAAGGUGCAGGGGAUAAAGAGUCCUUCAAGGACCCCUUUGAUGGGGUACCCUUCGAAUUCCCAGGGCUUAAACCAGAGUAUAUUGCAGGAAUUAGGGCACGCAUUGCGGCGUUAAGGCCCCAUGGACCUAUUGCAACUAGGUUUUUAUCCCAAAACCAAACCGUUGUGGUCGUUGGGGAUUCGAUUUUCGCGCACGGUGGACUCUUGCCCAUACAUGUGGAGUAUGGGUUGGAGAAGCUGAAUGAGGAGAUUAGCGAAUGGAUAUCCGGGGCGAGGAAAACGGUUUGGAGGGAGUUGGUCAAUGGGAGAGACUCGGUCGUUUGGCUGAGGAAGUUCUCGAAUCAGAUGGAGACCGAUUGCGAUUGUUCCACCCUUGAGCAUGUGUUGGCUACCGUUCCGGGCGCAAAGAGGAUGAUCAUGGGGCAUACCAUUCAACGGAUCGGGAUCAAUGGGGUUUGCAAUAACCAAGCCAUAAGGAUUGAUGUUGGCAUGUCCAAAGGGUGUAUCAAUGGAUUGCCAGAAGUCUUGGAGAUAGAUGGGGAGUCAAGAGUAAUGAUCUUGACAUCAAAUCCUUUGUAUCGAAGUGGCAAUGAUGGUCGCAUUGACGCCGGAGCUAAAGAUAAAUAUGAACAUGAUGGCUUCAAGUUCCCUCCUCAUAAAGGAGGAAGGCAAGUGGAGGUUAAUGCUUGAUUCAUUACUUGGUUGCCCGAAUUCGAGUUUUGUCUCGCGGGAAGCUCGGUUUGUGAUGAUUCCUCUAGAAACUCAGGAGGAAGAAUUCUCAACUCCAUUGUUGAGCCAAGGGAAGAAGAAGGAGCAAGAAGAAAUAUCAAAGUUUUCCAAAAUCGUGAGUAAAAAAUGCAGCAGCGACUUCGUCGUCAAUUCUAUUCAUUCAAGCAAAGGAAAGAGGAAGAACUUCAACUCCAUUGGUGAAACAAGAAGAAGAAAUCAUCAUAGUUUCUUCAAAAUCCUGGCAGCAGCAAACCGUCACCUUGAACUCCCAGAGAGCAUCGUAGAGAAGACCCGACGUUGGAAGCUUGAAGUUGAUAGAGGUGUCCGUACGUUGAACGUUCGUUGAGGCGUAUACUUUAUUCCUAUCACUUCUGUCUUCAACGUUAUCAAGGCGAGUACAUUGCACCCUAGUAACGCAAUCCUUGGUUGAAUAUCAAUCUAGAUACAUCGUUAGGAUUGAUUGCCAUAUUAUAAGUCAUUUGUGCUUUAAGAUCAAACUCAUUAGACUCAUAAAGUAAAAAUAUGUUUUUCUUGAUACUUCACCUUAAAUGAAAAUGUAAAUGUUAAGAAUAUUUUAAAUACAUAGAUAUGUUAAUCAUAAGUGUUAAAAUAACUCAAAGAAGUAUUUUAGAUGUCAAAAAAAAAGAAAAAAAUAAAAAAAAGAUUCGCGCCAAACGGUUGACCGUUCCGAGUCCCGUAGCUUAAUUAAAUGAUAUUUUUAUCAGAUUUCAUCCAAAUAAAAUAAAGUAUAUUUA